GAAUGCCACUGAUGAAUGCCAAACCCUAUGAUCCAAAUGAUCCCAAAAUAGCAGAAUGCUGCCUUCCACCUGAGGGCAUGUUCGAAGCUUUCUAUCCGCGGGAAGUUGAAGGAAUCCCGAAUAGCGCCUCUCGUCCCGCUCAUGGACAUGGUAGUUUCUUUAAACAUCGCAAUCCUGCGCUGGUGGACACAAAAAAUGCAGCAGCCUAUGGCUAUCGGUUUGAUGGAAAGCGGCGAUUCAAUUUUGAUUAG